UUUUAUAACUAGAUUAAGAUGCACGCGCGCUUCCUGUUGGUAUUUUGCGUUGUGCUGUUCGGCUGCUGCUCACUAUCGACCGGAGUGUUUUUCAACCACGGCGGCACCUACUUGGGUUCGCUGAAACACAUCUUCAGAAAGUAUGCCCAUCUGCUAGAAUCGGAACGCUACCUAUCGCCCGUUAUUUUUGUUCCGGGCGAUGGCGGAAGCCAGAUGGAUGCAAUGAUCGAUAAGCCCAGCAAGGUGUCGAUCCUGUGUCAGAAGCACACAACCACCUUCUUCAACAUCUGGCUUAAUAAAGAACUUUUGCUUCCGCUUGUGAUCGACUGCUGGAUCGACAACAUUCGGCUGGUGUAUGAUAAUGUAACGCGCACCUCGCAUAACGCUCCCGGCGUUGUAACGCGUGUGCCAGGCUUCGGACAGUCGGAAACGGUCGAAUGGAUCGAUCCGUCCCAUGCAUCGGUCGGUGCGUACUUUGUCAACAUUGCCAAUGCACUCGUUUCAAAUGGGUACGUGCGGGACAAAUCAAUCAUUGGCGCUCCAUAUGACUUCCGGAAGGGUCCUAAUGAGCAUAAAGAAUAUUUUCUCGCGCUAAAGUUCUUGGUCGAGCAGACGUACACGCUGAACCACGAUACACCGGUCACGUUCAUUGUGCACAGUAUGGGUGCCCCGAUGACGCUACACUUCCUGCAGCAGCAAACGGCGCAAUGGAAAGCGAAAUACAUAAAGCGUGUAAUUUCGCUUGCUGGAGCCUGGGCCGGCAGUGUCAAAGCCCUCAAGGUGUACGCGAUCGGAGACGAUCUGGGUGCGUUCGCGCUGAGCGGCAAGGUGAUGCGUGCCGAGCAGAUCACUAACCCUUCGCUGGCCUGGCUGCUACCGUCACCAUUGUUCUGGAAACCAAACGAGGUGCUCGCACGGACACAGUCACGCAUUUACACCAUGGAACAGAUGAGCGAAUUUUUUGACGAUCUCGACUUCCCGGAAGGGUGGGAAAUGCGCAAGGAUUCGCUUCCGUACACGCUUAACUUUACUGCUCCCGGCGUGGAAUUGCACUGUUUGUACGGUAGCAACAUUAAUACGGUUGAAUCGUUGGAUUACCAAAAAUCGUACGAUCUCAGCGGCACUCCGGUACUGAAGAUGGGCAAAGGAGACGGUACAGUUAAUGCCCGUUCUCUAGAGGCUUGCAAGCAGUGGACUAAGCAACAGAAGCAACCGAUCGUUACCAAAGAAUUCCCUGGCGCCGACCACAUGAGCAUACUGGCCGAUGUAAAUGUUAUCGAUAACAUCGUACGUCUGCUGCUGUCGGAUCUGACUAACUAAACACAGUCCAAAGAUGAUUACUGCAUGUGGUGCCAUACCUCU